AUGGGCGGCAAGAAGAAAGAUAGCCGAAGAAAGAAGAAGAAGCGCUCGAACGGCGAUGAUGAUGAUGAUUCUUCUUCAUCUUCAUCAUCAGAAGAAGAUGAAAACGAUGAAUUGAAAAACAAACUCCUCGCGAAAGCGACGAAGAAGUUGGUGGCGCAAAUGAAAACCGAUUCCGUCGCCGGAGGUUUGUACACGGACGAAAAGAACCCGUUCAACGACGAAAACUUGACCGAAAAGUUCGUCUGGAGCAAGAAGAUCGAAAAAGAGGGUAAAAAAGCGGUCCAAAACUUGACCGAUAAAGACGCGCAACUCGAACGCGAGGAGGAGAUUAAAAAAAUCGAACUGAGACGAAUCGAAUACGAAAAGGCGAGAGCGGAGCGAGAGGAAGAGAGAGACCAGAAAAUGAGAGAGAAAGCGAUGGAAGGCGCGGAAGAGUUGGAAGAGAAAGAGGAGAAGUUUCACUUCAACCAGUUGUUAUUACGGGCGGAUAUUCGAUACAAAAACGGUCGAGCGAAACCGAUCGAUACUUUGCUGAGAGCGUUGUACGGCUCGGCGUUUACGAGCGCACUCAAAAGCGAAAAGGAACUCGCCGCCAUGAAAGCGUUCAACAAAGAAUUCGACUCGAAAAACUCGUUGUUCAAAUACAUGACGGAGAAAGAUUUGCAGGAGUUGAAAGACGAGUGCGUGAACGUGUUGAAACUCAUCGACGAAACGUCCGAGAAGGAGAAGGAAUAUAAACUUUUUUGGACGUGCGUCUAUCGCUUGACGGAAACAGAAUUAGGAGAAGAAGAAGAAGAUAAACUGACGGAAAUGGACGAAGAGAUGAUGGAAUCGGUCGACUUAUCUGGCUCGCUCGAAGAGUUGACCGAUCUGGAACAGGAAAUCAAUCGAUCCAUAAACGAGGAUUUAGACGACGACACGGAAAUCUCGUUUUGGAGGAAAGCGAUGAAGCGAGUGACGCUGGCGAAAUUAAACAGGCAAUGCAGAGAAACGUUGGCGAAAGUGUACGAGGAAUCGAAGAAGAACAUCAAGUUUGUCGUCGUCGAAAAAAAAGAUGGAAAGGAAGAGAAAGAGAACUACGACAACGACAAAGACGACGAAGACUUGCUCGGCGGCGACGACUUUGCGAAACGAGUUCGAGACGACGAUAAAGACGACGACGACGGUAAAGAAGAAGAAGAUGAAGAAGAAGAAGAAGAAGAAGAAGAAGAAGACGAGGAAGCGCUCUUGGCGAACAUCGACGUGACGUAUGGCGACGAACCGAAACCGCUGUCCAAAGAAGAGUCCGCGAAACUUUUAAAACUUUACGAAGAGCAGCAGCAGCGGCUGCGAGGAGAAGGCGAAGAUUUAUUGAAUGUUCAAGAAGUGAUUGUCCUCAUCGACGAAGACGAAGACGCUGAAAAUCUUCGCCGGUUGCGCGCCGCCGCUUGUGAGAAGUUUGCGAAAGAACAGCUCGAAAAGAAGUUGGAAAAGCAACGACGAUAUCAACAAGAAAGAAUGAAGAGGCAAAAAGGAAGAAAAAUCAAUCCGAGCGACGACGACGACGAAGAAGAAGAAGACAAAGACCAAGAAGAAAAGAAAACGCCAGAAGAAAUCCAACAUGAAGCCGAUGAUCUCGAGGAAGAACUCAAAGCGAAGCGAUACGCGGAGAAACAGAUGGGCAAACUCGAGGAUGGGGACAUCGCGUUCACCGGCGAAGUCGAACAAAAAGAUCUCGGCGAUCGAGAACUUUACUGGUGGCACAACAAGUACAAACCUCGGAAACCUCGAUACUUCAACCGAGUGCACACCGGGUACGAGUGGAACAAGUACAACUCCACGCAUUACGACCACGAUAACCCGCCGCCGAAAACCGUCCAAGGGUAUAAGUUUAACGUCUUCUACCCGGAUUUGAUCGAUUCGUCCAAAGCGCCUACGUAUAAGUGCGAGCGCGAUGUAUCCGCCGUAAACGACGACACGUGCAUACUGAAAAUAUCCAGCGGUCCUCCGUACGAAGACGUCGCGUUUCGCAUCGUAAACAAAGAGUGGGAGUACUCGCACAAACGCGGGUUCAAGUGUACGUUUGAACGAGGGAUAUUUCAUUUAUACGUAAACUUCAAACGCCCGAGAUAUAGACGUUAA